CCUUACCCCCCCCCUCCCUGUCCGGUCCGGGUUCGCUUGCCUCGUCAGCGUCCGCGUUUUCCCCGGCCCCCCCCGACCCCCCCGGACAGGACCCCCUUGAGCUCGCCCCUCAGCUGCCACCAUGAGCGACCAAGAUCACUCCAUGGAUGAGGUGGCAGCCGUGGUGAAGAUUGAGAAAGGCGUUGGUGGCAACAACGGGGGUAACGGCAACGGCGGUGCCGCCUUCUCUCAGACCCGAAGCAGCAGCACAGGCAGUAGCAGCAGCAGUGGUGGCGGAGGAGGGCAGGAAUCCCAGCCAUCUCCUUUGGCUCUGCUGGCAGCAACCUGCAGCAGAAUUGAGUCACCCAAUGAGAACAGCAACAACUCCCAGGGUCCGAGUCAGUCGGGGGGCACAGGUGAACUUGACCUCACAGCCACACAACUUUCGCAGGGUGCCAAUGGCUGGCAGAUCAUCUCUUCCUCCUCUGGGGCUACCCCUACCUCAAAGGAACAGAGUGGCAACAGCAGCAAUGGCAGCAGUGGCAGUGAGUCUUCCAAGAAUCGCGCAGUCUCUGGUGGGCAGUAUGUUGUGGCUGCUACUCCCAACUUACAGAACCAGCAAGUUCUGACAGGUCUGCCUGGAGUGAUGCCCAAUAUUCAGUACCAAGUCAUCCCACAGUUCCAGACUGUUGAUGGGCAGCAGCUGCAGUUUGCUGCAACAGGGGCCCAAGUGCAGCAGGAUGGCUCUGGUCAGAUACAGAUCAUACCGGGUACAAACCAGCAGAUCAUCACAAACAGAGGAAGUGGGGGCAACAUCAUCGCUGCCAUGCCAAACCUCCUGCAGCAGGCUGUCCCCCUCCAAGGCCUUGCUAACAACGUGCUCUCAGGACAGACUCAGUAUGUGACCAAUGUACCGGUGGCCCUGAACGGGAACAUCACCUUGCUCCCUGUCAACAGCGUUUCUGCAGCUCCGCUGACUCCCAGCUCCCAGGCAGUCACGAUUAGCAGCUCCGGAUCCCAGGAGAGCAGUGCACAGCCCGCCACCUCAGGGGCUGCCAUCAGCUCUGCCAGCCUGGCGUCAUCACAAGCUAGUUCCAGCUCCUUUUUCACCAAUGCCAACAGCUACUCAACAACUACUACCACCAGCAAUAUGGGAAUUAUGAACUUUACCAGCAGCGGAUCAUCAGGGACCAGUUCUCAAGGCCAGACUCCCCAGAGGGUUGGCAGCCUGCAGGGCUCUGAUUCUCUGAAUAUCCAGCAGAACCAGACAUCAGGAGGCUCACUGCAAGGAAGUCAGCAAAAAGAGGGAGAGCAAAGUCAGCAGACACAGCAACAGAUUCUUAUUCAGCCUCAGCUAGUUCAAGGGGGACAAGCCCUUCAGGCCCUCCAAGCACCACUGUCAGGGCAGACCUUCACAACUCAAGCUAUUUCCCAGGAAACCCUCCAGAACCUCCAGCUUCAGGCUGUUCAGAACUCGGGUCCCAUCAUCAUUCGGACACCAACAGUGGGACCCAAUGGACAGGUCAGUUGGCAGACUCUUCAGCUGCAGAAUCUUCAAGUUCAGAACCCACAGGCCCAGACAAUCACCUUGGCCCCUAUGCAGGGCGUUUCCCUAGGGCAGACUAGCAGCAGCAGUACCACCCUCACACCCAUUGCCUCAGCUGCCUCCAUUCCUGCUGGCACCGUCACUGUGAAUGCUGCUCAGCUCUCCUCCAUGCCAGGCCUCCAGACCAUCAACCUCAGUGCGUUGGGCACUUCAGGGAUCCAGGUGCACCAGCUUCCAGGCCUGCCUUUGGCCAUCACAAACACCCCAGGUGACCCUGGAGCUCAGCUUGGCCUUCACGGAUCUGGUGGUGACGGGAUGCAUGAUGAGACAGCGGGUGGAGAAGAAGGGGAGAACAGCCCAGACCCCCAGCCCCAAGCUGGUCGGAGGACUCGGCGGGAAGCAUGUACAUGUCCUUACUGUAAAGACAGUGAAGGAAGAAGCUCUGGAGAUCCUGGCAAAAAGAAACAGCACAUUUGUCAUAUCCAAGGAUGUGGCAAAGUAUAUGGCAAGACCUCACAUCUCCGGGCACACUUGCGCUGGCAUACAGGGGAGAGGCCAUUCAUGUGUAACUGGACAUACUGUGGGAAGCGCUUCACACGUUCAGAUGAGCUUCAGAGACAUAAACGCACACAUACAGGAGAGAAGAAAUUUGCCUGCCCUGAGUGCCCUAAGCGUUUCAUGAGGAGUGACCACCUGUCAAAGCACAUCAAGACUCACCAGAACAAGAAGGGAGGCCCCGGUGUAGCCCUGAGUGUGGGCACUUUGCCCCUGGACAGUGGGGCAGGUUCAGAAGGCAGUGGCACUGCCACUCCUUCAGCCCUUAUUACCACCAAUAUGGUAGCCAUGGAGGCCAUCUGUCCAGAGGGCAUUGCCCGUCUUGCCAACAGUGGCAUCAACGUCAUGCAGGUGACAGAGCUACAGUCUAUUAAUAUCAGUGGCAAUGGUUUCUGAGAUUAGACAGCCAAGGCCAGAGACAUAUGGGCCAAUACCCAUCAAGCCCAGGAUGCAAGGUAGCAUGGGUCCAAGAGACAUGUGGAAGAGAGAGCCAUGAGGCACUGAUGUGCGUGGUGGUGGGAUGAAUUGGGGGAGGGUGCAAGAGAAGAGAUGGGAUUGUGGCACCCAUCUAUGUCGCUGGGGACUCCUUGAAAAUGGAAAAUAUUAGUGAAAACUCUGUUGGUGCCACCCUUUGAUAAGCAUUUAUUUCAUCCCAGGUUCUUCUCACACUUCUUACCCAGCCUCCCCUCUGCGUUUCCCCUCUGAGCUCUCCUCCCAUGAUGGAUUCCCCACCCCUUCCUAAAGCCAUCAUGCCUUGAUAAAUAUAUAUGAUCAUUGAAAUACUUUUUAACAGAAACAGAUUCUAUAUUAUAUAUAUAUAUAUAAAUAUAUAGAGAUGCUUUCACAGGGGCUGGCUGGGAGGAGGAAAAAGAACAUUCUGUGACCAAAAUACCUUGGUCAUUUUUUUUUUAAUUGCCUUAUUUCUCAGUGGCUGAGCCUUAUCAUGACACAUCAAGCUUUUUCUAUAAAUGUUGUCCUGGCAUCCCACCAGAGUAAGUGUUCAUAUGCUCUGCUUUUAGUUCAUAUAUACAUAUAUAAUGUCUUAUUUCUUAAUUUUGUCAGUAUAUUUGGGAUUAGCUCCUUGCACUCCUUUUCUGACUCAAUCCUUUUUGUCUCCCUUUUUCUCACAUGAUCACUUCCUGUGUUGUUUUUGACAGAGAUCCCUGGAUUAGCCACUUCUGUCAAAAUUUUGAAGACCUUAGUACAGCAGCAGAGUGGAAAAGCCUUGAGGUGCAGUCUGAUGCUUGAAGUAGCUAUGGAGGGAGUGUUCGAAAUACUCCUGACGCAGGCACCUUCUCAGUGCUCGAGAGUAAAAACCAUCUCCCUUUGUUAGCUGCUCUAAACACCAGAAAUCAGAAUUCUCUCCGUGGAACUAUAUAAGAGGCCCUUUGAGGGAGACGGUCUGUAUAAGCUGUCAGAUGAUCAAAUAGUAGGCAGCAGUUUUCAGUAGGAAAAUGAUGUUCUCAGAAAAGGAAACAACUCGUUUUCUCGGAUUCAGAAGUCAGUGGAAUUGUUUGGAUUUCAGUAUCAUUGUCUUCCAAAUAGCUCUAAGCCUUACUGUCUGGGCUUCUGAGUUCACACUUUCUCUUAAGCAUUUCUGUAGUUCCUUCCUACCAGUGCUAAGGAGCAUCAGCCCAUGAGUCUGAUCCAACCUUCCAUUCUCUAGAGUGCAAGACUUGUGCCAGAGGCAAAGAGUGGUUCUUCAAAGCAUGUUUCCCCUUCACUCUUCCUUAUGAUGUACUUGGGUGGUUCUUAAGGGAAAGGGAAGCACACAGUCAUGGAAACGAUAGCCCAGAACAAAAGAAAUCUUGUCUUACCACUGUGGACUAUAGGAGAGAUUGGGAGAAAUUAUCCUGCUUUCUCCAUGGCCUGAUUCCAGAAGAGACUGAUCCAAAAAUUAUAUCGGCAGGGAAACUCAGUGCGUUUGACACUGAGAUUUAAAUGCAACCAGAAUUGUCCUCAAGGCCCAGCCAUUAAACCAUUGUCUCUCCUGACUUUCUGGUAUCUUGUCAGAGAGCUUUUCACUGUGAGGAAGUAUGGAAGUGGUUGUGUGUAUGUGUGAAAUCUAUUAGGUUGGGGAUAGGUUUUCUGAUAGCCAAUAUUUAAAGAGACCUGCAAUAAAAAAUUUCCCUGAUCUGAUAGAGUAAACUGUUUGUGUAUGACUGUGUGUGUGAAUGUGUUUGUGCCUGUAUAUAUCUACAUGCAGAUGAGAACUUAUAUUUGAAAUUGUUGGAAAAUAAAUUCAGAUCAAAAUGCCUUUCAGGUCCAUUCUCUAGAAAUUGGUCAUAAACUUGGGUAUGUUCCUGAGGUCAGUUCUCUGCUCAUGCUGAAUCAGUUACAAUUAUGAAUGGGGUGGGGGGUAUCCUAGUGCACUUUCUAAGAAGAAACUAUUUUUGUGUUUGAAAAUGAACUCAGCAUCCUUAUCUGUAGUGGAGUCCUUGUUCUAAACUCUUCUUUAUCUUGGCUACAUAUACAUUAUACUAUUAUUAUACAGUUUAUGUAAACUCCAUCUAAACUAGGUUCUUAGUAAGUUUGUGGUGUUGUUAGCCUGUAAUACAAUAGCUGUUAAUCCUCUAACGUUAGUUUAUUCCAUUUGGUCCUUUCUGUGCAGACUUAAUGCUGUUGUCAAGACUCAGGAAAUAUUUCGAGGGACUUUCUCCAGAUCACAUGUUCUUAAUGUUGAAGUAAAUGCUAUCCGUCCUCAGCCACCAUCACGCUUUUUAUUCCUGCAGAGAAGCAGAACCCAAACCUUGUUAUUUUAUGUUCAUAAUCAUGUAUUUUGGCAUCUCUGGAGGAAAGGGGCAGGAUUACUCACUGGGGUGUGCACUAUUGCUAGGUCAUUUCAAGGACUGUAGUCUUCUUCAGCGUGAGGUGAUGCGAUGAGCUGGCUUAAUGAAGCCACGGAAGUAUAGGCCUUCAGAUAAGUUAUUUGAUAGUGUUUUCUCUCUUGGGUGAAAAGUGGUGACUUACCUUCAGUGUCUGCUUCGUUAACAUUACCACGAAUUAAUUUACAUCAGAUUCUUUCUGCCUUUUUAAUUAAUUUCCUUCUCCAGUGUCUUAUUUGACCCCAAAAUGAAAGCUGUUUCUGCUUUUGCCUCCCUGUCUGUGAGCCUCUCAGUCUUUUUCACAGUUAAGAGACUACAUUCCUCCAGUCGGGGUCUCCUUACUGAAAAAUAACCUUCCCCCAAACUUCUGACCAUCAGAAUUUAACAUAAUUGGCUUACAUAUUGAUUCUAAAAUUCUUUUCAUUACCUUUUUAUUGUUUGGUUUGGGUUUUUUGUUUGUUUUGUUUUGUUUUGUUUUGAGACAUGGUUUUACUCUGUAGCCCAGGCUAGCCUGAAAUUCACUAUGUAACUCAGACUGGCCUUGAACUUUGGAUAGUUUUCUGCCUCCCACAUGCUAGAAUUGCAGGUAUAUGCCACCAUGUCCAGUCUUCCUGAAUUUUUUCUUAAUUUUUUUAAAGUGACUACACCUUACAGGGUGUUGGAUGACCACAUAGUUUUUGUUUGUUAAUAGGUCUGUCUAUGUAGCUUUGGCUGGUCUGACCCUGAACUCAGAGAUGUACCCACAUCUCCCUUCCAAGUGCUAGGGUUACAGAUAUGUGCCUCUUCACCCAGCAGAAAUAGUAAUUCAUCCCCUUGUCCUAGGCUGCCCACUCAUAUUCAUCUAUAAACCUUCAGGAACCUCUCAGCGGGCACUCUUUUUGGGGAGUGCUAUUCAACAUGCAAUAUAAUGAAUAUUUCUUAGCCUGGUUUCAGAAUAAAUAGAACCCUCAAUCACAGAAAGUAUAGACUGAUGUAUGGGAUGAAGGUGUUAUAAUUUGGGGAGGGUUGGAGACUAAAGCUGUAAAUUACUAUGGCUGAUUUAUUUCUACUAUAUACAUAUAUAUUUUUUGCUUUUGUAUAUCCUAUAUAGAAAACCAAGCAUUGUAUUUUUUUAACAAAUCUGAGAAAGCACUAUGAACUGCAGGUAUUUGACUUUCAGAAUAUAUUUUGUAUUGUUAAUACUUCACAUUAUGUGAAUACUGGAAGCUGCAGAUCUUUGUUAGGGCACAAUAAAUUUGGAUACUUUUUGUGGGGUUCUUUUGGGGGUGCUAAUCAGGCCUCUGUCAUACUUGGAGGGAGCCCUGGUGCUACAUGAUUAAAGUUUUCAUUCAGUUUUAAGUGCCCUGAUGUCUUUUGGGCCUUGGGAUCAGGUCAGAAGUGAUCAGGUGCCAGGGAAUGAGGACUGUGCCAGCCUCAGCUGAGGGCCCUUUGCUUAGCUUUGCUUUCCCUAGACAAAACUGGGUAGCCUCUUGAGUUUGGAAGGAGGAAUGUUUGAAAUCUCAGAGUUUUGUCUUCUCUUAGAAGAACCAGCAACUGACAAGGAUAAAGGUAGCAGCGGUUGCUUUGGGAGAGGAGGGUAUGGCACUUUUCCAAUCCCGGAAGACAUUGCUUUGAGAGCUGAUAAAACAUGGGCACGCUAUUACUUUGGCUAGACGACUUUUCUCUAGUGCCUCUCUUGGCUUUGCUCCGGGGUACAGAUCUCAUCUAGGAAAAUGAGUAGACCAGUUUGAGGUUGCCCUGUUUCUUUUCUUUGUCUGCAUUCCCUAAACACCACCCCCGAGAAAGACAUUAAGCAGCCUUUAGCUUAAGUUCCCACUCCCUCUUCCAGACUCGGUUUGUGUGCUGUAGGUCAAAGACUGAGAAGGGAGAAGAGAGGCAGUUCUUGGCUCCAUUCCUUCCCUAAGUCCUCUCCGCUCUGAUUGUCCAAACCCAAGAGGAUUCCUCCACAGCACUCAUUUGAGAGUCAAGGGUUUUUGUUUUUUGUUUUCCCAUCUCUCCCUUCUUUAUCAAACAGCCCAACCUUCCUUGUCUUGGCUAAGAAAGUAUUAGGGACUCAUCUGUCCUUCAGGUCUUCUAAGUCCCAGCUUGUUGUGGGGGUUGAGGAGCAUGACAAAUUAGGCCGGGGCUGUAGAUAGGGAAGAUUUUGUAUCUACUUGGUUGUGUACUUUCUUUUAUCUUGCCUUCAGGAAUCACACUGUGCCUUUUCCACUAGGGAAUCAAGUAUCUACCCAGCUUUUCCAGUAACUGCUCUUGAAAGUUGUGGAUAAUAGUAAUUCUUCAUAUUUCUGAUGACUCUUCUCCCAGUAACAUCCUAAUAUCCCUUACCUAGCUGAAGACUAGGCAUAAAGUCUGAAGGAAUAUGUUGGUGUUAAUCUGAGGAAACCAAAGGCAGCUCGCCCUAGGGCCUGCUUCUCUCUCCCAAGUCUGUCAUCCCAGGGCAGAGGAGUGGUGCCCCAUCUGGUGCCUAAAACCAGUUUAUCUUCCUUAAUACUGGCAAUAAGCUGUCUCCAUACCAUGGUUGCCUUUAAACCUUCUAAUCUCACGCUGUGUUUGCUGUGGGUUCCAGUCCAGUUCUCACCAGGGCUGUGUGGGUAAAUACUUCUAAACAGUCACUCACCUCGCUCUCCACCCUCACUCUUGUGUAUGUAUGAUGGUAAUCUGUCUGCCUUCUCCUUUUGUAUCUUCCUGGUCUCUCUCCCCCUAACUUUGUCCCUGGGUGUUUUGGGGAUGUCAGUAUCUCUUUCUCUAUAUCUCUAGCUCAAUCUUUCUGCCUUUUGUACAAAGAUUAGUUUCAAUGUAGUCUGUAGCUCCUUUGUAAACCAAUUAAAAUUUUUUUAAUAAA